AUGCUACUCAGCCUUGCUCUCCUAUUUGCGCUCACAGAGGCCUCUGUGAGAGCCGCCCAGGUUUCUCUUGCGCUGCCCUCGGGAUGUCGCAAGGCCUUGCCGCAAGGCCGCUCUGCUGGAGACGUCUCUACCAUCCACAUCACGAGCGGUGGGAGACGACGAAGCUUUCUCCUCUCGAUACCUUCGACCUACCAUCCAGAAAUUCCGGCCUCGGUUAUUCUGUCGUACCACGGUGGCGGUAGACAUGCGGAGGAUCAAUUAAAGUUGGACCAGUUGACCAAUCCAGAGUUUAACUCGGCUGCGUUUGUCAUCUACCCGCAGGGCAUUCAUAAUACGUGGCAAGGCGUUCCUGGGGCGGAGGCGGACGACAUCCAGUUCACAACCGAUAUACUGGAUUUCCUCCAGGAUGGUUAUUGCGUUAACCCCGGUCGCAUAUCCGCCACGGGUAAAUCGGACGGCGGAGGGUUCUGCAAUGUAUUGGCCUGCGACUCCAAGCUAUCUGGCCGCAUCGCAGCGUUUGCCCCUGUUUCCGGGGCUUUUUACGUGGACUCGUUACCUUGCAGGCCCAGCACGGUAAAAAUUCCCUGCAAUCCCAGCAGGGACGACGUGCCAUUUCUCGAAUUCCACGGUGGCGAUGACCGAAUCAUCUCCUACGACGGCAAAAGGCGCAAGGGAGCCUGUCUUCCGUCCAUCCCACACUUUAUGCAACAAUGGGCAGUGCGCGAUGGGCUGGGUGUCAGCAGCACCACUACCCCAGUGUCUCGAGAUACCGUUCUUUACAGGUUUGGGACGGGGAGCAAGGCCGGACUGGUAGAGCACGUCUUUGACUCUGUCCUCGGCCACGAUUGGCCAAGUACAGUUCCCAAUGCCGACAAUAGAAAGACGGGUCAUCAUGUCGCAAGUUUCAAUGCGACCCCGAUGAUUGUCGACUUUUUUGAAAGGCAUCCUUUGCAGCUGGACGACGCGCUGCGCAAGACGGCUUGA